AUGGAAUCCCAGCUGGUCAGCUCCCGUGGUAGCCAUGGCCGUGCCAUGUGGGCAGCCGACGGUAAACCGGUAAACCGCUCCAGACCAGGACGUCCUCCUAAGCGUUCUCUGGGCGUGGCCAUGCAGGACACCUCCAGGCUCCUCCCACAUGGCGUCCACGGUCUUCUGUCCCCCGGGCUACUGUCUCCUACAGGUCUCACCGCAGCAGCGAUGGCAGAAGCGAUGAAGCUGCAGAAGAUGAAGAUGAUGAUGAUGCAGGGAAGCCAGAACGGCACCGAGUCAGACGAGGAGCUCAACUCUAACACAGGUGGGAGUGAGUCUUCCUGGGACAAGGAGAAGCUCCAGUCUCCCCCCUCCUCCCUAGGGCUGGGCCACGGGGGGCUGGGGGGCCAGCAUGGCCUCUCCUCAUCACAGCUUAACUCCCUGCAACAGAACCACCUGCUGGCCAACCGUCUGGACCUCCCCUUCAUGAUGAUGCCCCACCCCCUGCUGCCCGUCGGCCUGCCUCCCGCCUCCGUUGCCAUGGCGAUGAACCAGAUGAACCACCUGAACACCAUCGCCAACAUGGCUGCCGCCGCACAGAUGCACAGCCCUCUGUCCCGCACUGGAGCCUCCGUCAUCAAGGAGUGUGUUCAGGAGAGCCCGUCUCCCAGCCCCUCCCUGGAGGACGCCCCCCCAGGCUCCCAGGCCUCGUCCCACCCCUCCUCAUCCACCUCCUCCUCCCCCAACCCUCACACACACACCCCCGACACACAGCUCCACGGGAUGAACCCUCUGGAUGGUGCCCUAGGUGAGGCGGGGCUGAACAUGAAGAAGAUAUUAAAAGAGAAAG